AUGAGCACCAAACAAAAAUGUUAUAGCUCCUUUUGGACAAGGGAUGCGGAUAAAAUAUUUGAGAAUACCCUAGCGAUUUACUCUAAGGAUAUCAAUUUAUUGACGAAGAUACAAGAAGCACUUCCAGGGAAAUUGCUUGAUGAUAUCCUAGAUCACUAUAAUAUAUUAGUCGAAGAUGUGAAGGCCAUUGAGUCUGGCCUUGUUCCAUUACCUAAUUAUCCAAAAAUGCAAGGUGACUCCAGCAAGAAAAGUUCAAAAGCAGAUGUAGAAAGGCAAAGAGGGACUCCUUGGACAGAAGAGGAACAUAGGUCAUUUCUCCGGGGCUUAGAGAUAUAUGAAAAAGGUGACUGGAGAAGUAUAUCUAGACAUUGUGUGAUGACAAGAACACCAAUGCAGGUGGCUACCCAUUCCCAGAAGUUUUUCAAGCGCCUCAAUGCCACCAAAAAAGGGAACAGAAAACCAAGAGCAAAAGCAAGUGUUCUCGAUAUAACCAGUGUGGAUGUUGAAGCUGCUGGAACUUCACAAGUGCGAACUACUGUGGACAUGAUUGGGCAUGCUUGCAGAGGAUCACAAACACUGCCAACAACUAAUAAUGAGAGCAUGUUGCCCGGAGAAAGAACCAACGCUGAGCAGAUGAUAGCAGUGGCUGGAGGAGAGUCCUCAGAUCAUAAUGUUGCACUUAUCAAUGGAAUGAAUAGUUUGUUUCCUUAUGCGUAUGAUGAGUUCAUAAUUGGCAUUGAUGACUUGAUUAUGGAGCAGGAGGACGUUAAUGAACCCGAGAACAAGUUGUUGCUCCUGCUCAGUUACCUCCCGGUAUCCCCUCAUCUAGCUUUGGUACUGUUGGCGAUAAAGGCUUCUUUGAUCUAG